AUGCUAGGUCUAAUAAAAGAGGAGUUAAUCUACUAUAAAGAAGAGACUAUAUAGACAUAAACAGAAAAAUUAAAUUAAUUUAUUAGACUUUUAAAAUCAAUUGAUAGAUUUAAAUAAAUUAAAUUACAAAAGAAAUAGAAUAAUCCAAUUUAUGAAAUAUAUUAAAUUAUUGAAGAAUAAGUAUUCUCAUAUAUUUGCAAAAAUCAAUAUGAACUUGAUUUAGAUGGAACAUAAGAUCCAUUUGCAUUAGAUCUACUCAAAACUUAGAAAUAAAAAUCAGGAAAAUGGAAAGAAGAAGAUGAUUAAGUUACAAUUUUAAUAUCUGAUAUAGAUUCCUCAGAUCUACAUUAACUUUAUUAAAUAGGAGAUUAUUUUAAUAAAAAUUAAUAAGGAAGAAUGUAUUUUCAUUAUUGUAUAGUCAAAUAAUUAGUUGUUAAUUUCUAAAAACUUGAUUUCACAAAACAAUGUGACAUUCUUUAUUAUUUGACAAAAAUUGAUAAAAUAUUCAUGAUUGAGUCAUUUUAAUAUACAAUAGAUUAUAACCAAUUAUAAUAUUUAAAUUAGGAAGAUAUAACUAAAUGUGCAAUAUAGUUAUUAUUCUAUAAUUAAAUAUCAUUUAAUAUAGAUAAAGCUAUUACAAGUAAAUUAGUAGAUAUUUUACAUUAAAAUCUCAAUAUUAUAGAAAAUUUGAAUUAAGAAUAUCAAAUAACCUUUUAUUAAGCAUAUGAGUAUAUAUUUCUAUUUAUUUAGGUUAAUGCGUAUAGAAUUCCCUUCAAUUUAAGUAUAAGAAUUGCCUGAAAGAUUUAAAUAAAUAUUUGAAGAAUAUUGGUUAUAUUUAUAAAAAGAAACAUAAAAUAUUGUUUCUGAUACUAAAAAAUACCUAGAUAAAGAAGAAUAUCAUUAUACAUAUAUGAAAUAAGUUUUGAUAUGGAAAUUCUUAUAUGUUUUUGAAAAAGAUAAGACUAUUGUAAUUUGUCUAUCAGAUAGAUUUUAUUUAGGAAGAACCAAUUUAAACUUAAUAGAAAUAGGUAUUCUCAAAAGGGUUUUAAGAUGUAUAGAAAUUUAUUGAUUUUGUAGUGCAUGACUAUAAAUUGAGAAUAUUAGAUAAACAUGAAUAUGAAAAAUUCACUACUAGACAUGAAAAAAAUGAUUAUAUUUAUGAGAAACUUAAAUAUCUAAGUAGAGAACCUAAGAAACCUAAGAAACCAUAUUUUAAUAUAUGA